GUCGCUUCCGGGUGGCAGCACAAGACUCCUCCAGAGAGCCGACGUUUUCUUUCCGCUGUAAACAAAAGUUACUAAACGGUUCAGCCCCGACGACACAUUCAGCGACAAGACAUGCAUAUCAAAACAGGUACAUGGGAAGCCAGCAACACUGUAUGUGAGUCCGAUACCCUGUGUGAUCCAGCAGUCCUCGUUUCAGCCGCCAGCUCUGAGCCACACAUUCGUAACCGCCGCCUGUCACCCGGCUCUGGAAACUGUGGAGGAGGAGGGGGCGGAGGCUGCAUCUCUGGAGGUAACCAGCAGCCCCGACAGCUGUCACCCGAGGGGGACCUGAUCGGACCGGGCCACACGCACGCUUUCAGCUUCCGCAGGGAGAAAGAACGCAAGGGCCAGCAGCACAAAGGCCGCAGCCUCCGCAGGGAAAGCCAGAAGGGGGUCGGACGGGCGGGUGAGCGGCCCCAAAAGGUCAACCAAAAGGAGAGGUGGGUGGAGGACAGUCUGUCGCUGCUCAAGCCCCCGCCUGCCUUCCCGGUGCAGGACAGCCCCGCCAAGCUGCAGCCCGCCGUCAGCUACGCCUCCAAGGUGAAGGCGGGCGCGACGAGCGGAGCGCUGGAGGAGGACCGGCCCGCCAUCGGCGUGCUGCUACAGAACCAGUGGGGUCUCAGUUUCAUCAGCGAGGCGAGACCGGCUGCCGAGGGCUCUGGCCCCCGCCCGGCCACUGGCGCCCUCGCACCUCAGCCCACAGACACACAACAAUCAGCAGACCCACAGCUCGACACAGUUCUCGCAGGUCAGCCCCCCGAAGAAACGCCCAACCCAGUCGCUACCUCCGUCACCCCCACCACGCGCCCCGAGGCGGACGAGAGCAACGGGAAGCUGCUGCUUAGCUGUCGCCAUCUAAUGGAGGCUCUGAAUUAUCACAGUAGAGAAUGGAAUGGUGUGUGCAACAAACAGAAAAAAGAUCCAAAAAGGGUCGUCUGGUACAAGGACACCCAAGAGCACCCAGCCUAGCAGCGUGAGAAACCCAAAGCAGAUAUAUUUAUAUACAUAUAAAUAUAUAUAUAAAAACACAUACACAACACCUACAUGCACAUGAGAACACAUAAAGAUGGACAGUUUUUUUCGAGUCCCCCUUCACACAGACUGCACUCAGGAUGAUGUCUUCACACAAAAGCCACACUGAGACACUUUGGACUAACUCCUUUUUGAGAUCUUACAGCAAUGGACUUUUUUAAACGCCUUACAGAAAAGCCUGCCUUAAUUAAUCAGACCUGUCGUCAUCACCUCAUUACGAUUUUUAGCUUGUACGUGUAGAGCUGGUCUUUUUUUUUUCUUUUUUUUUAAACAAUCUCUGAGGAGCUGUAAUUAAUUUCCCCCACCCCCCCUUUUUUUUUUUUUUUUGGUGAAAGCUGCAGUUUUAUCAAACUUUUUGUCCUCUAAAGCGAGUGGUCAAUCAAGCACUUUGUUUAAAAAAAAAAAAAAGAAAAAAAUCUGUUGUGACCAAUCCCUGUGUGCGAGAAACCCUCACCAGAAUGAUUUUUUUUCUUUCUUUCUCCACCCUUCUCAAUUUCUAAACAGAAGAAUGUCUUGUAAUCUUGAGUUUUACUGUUAAUGUAUGCAGAAGACUUCUGUAUCCAUGUCUUCAGUUUACAGAAGGGUGUAGUCAAAGGCACAGUAGAGUUCACCCUUUACCCCGUCCCCCGCCCCCUCCCCCUCCCGUCAGAUCUUAAUGCUGUUUUACUUUCUUUGUUUUUAUUUGGUUCCCUAAUCGGGUGAAUGUUGCUCGUGAAUCCAGAAGGGAGCUCACUGUGUUCAGUAUGUUUCUUUUUUUUUG